UUCUGCUCUUUGUUUCUUUUCUGCUUGUCAAAAAUUUCUUUCUUUAUAUCAAAUUUUAGUAAUGUCUACGUGGAUAUUUUUUAUUCAAGAGAUUUAAAAACAAAAUGAUCUCUUGUUUUUUGUCUGUUUUAUUCAACACUUUCUUCCUAUUGUUCGUUAUAAAAUGUGUUAAAUCAGUUGAACCGCAAGCAAGUCAAGAGGGAUCGUUACAUUCUUUUAAAAAUUAUGUAGACGUUGCGAUGUUUCAUUAUUCCGUUCCAAAAGAAGUACUCAGGGCAACUUGGCAAUUUGCUGCAUUUAUGGACGGCAAGGAAUGCCCUUCGAGACAAGUUCAUAUAUAUUUACAAUGGGGUAGUUAUCCAGUUAUUUCGGAGAGAAAUGCAACUUUUCCUCCUCAUGUAGUUCCUGAUAGAAAUCACACAUUUUCAAUGUCUACCUGGACGACUUUUGAACCGAAAGUCGUCACUGUCAUACCUGUUUACAGUCCCUUACCUGGCGAUUGGUUUGUAGGUGCAUACUUGUCGCAUUGGGACGAGAAAGUACAGCAACAGGGUCUAGGUCACAAAUGUAGAUACAGCAUUGGCUCGGUGGCACUUUGGAAUCAAAUGGGAGAUAUACAAAAUAUUCCCCUGGGUUAUCAGAAAACGAUGAAGACCAGCGAAGCAAUUUCUUACUACAAGAUUUUCAUUCCGUCUGGAACUUGGCACUUUCAAGUGCAAAUAUGGGGCUGUAAUUUCAUACGAAAAACUGAUAAUGAUAUGCGAAUACCUUGUAUUCUCGGUUUGGCUUUGGAAGCACGAGUUCUGCCUGUUUUUAAUCACACUCAUCUAAGUUCAAUAGGAAAUUUAACAAAUUCGGAUACAUACACUUUUACAGAACUAUCGCCCUAUGAAGAUAGUUAUUAUUAUUUGCUAGUCAUUUCAAAUACAACAAUAACUUUCAAUGUUGAAGUUAUAACAAGUGAUUGUCCAGUGAAAGUAAUAGACAAAUCGAUUGUGAAGACUCUAUUGAGUGCAACAUAUUUGCCGAAAGAAUCAUUGACAGAAUUAUAUGUGGAUAAUUUUAAUAAGAACAGGACACACUCUUUUGAUGGGGACGAGCAAAAAAAUCUUCUGCAACCAACAGCAUUGACUUUACACAAAGACGAGGGUAUUGAACCGGAAGACUCAUGUAUUCCAAGAUUUCAGCUCGCUAGAGUUAAACAUCCGCAAACUUUUUCGAAUGUCUAUUUAUUACAGGGACAAGAGUGGCUGACAUCGUGGAUCAUUUUAACAGACGAUUAUCCAGUAAUUACGCAAUUCGAUAUAUUACCGAAUGUCGACAUUGGGGGUAUUUUAGUAAUUAACAUUCAUUUGGAGGUGGAAAAGUUGGUGACGGAACAAUCAAUAGAGGUAAUAAUAUGCAUUAGACAAGGCAGAAAACCAAUGAGAGUAAAGGGAAAGAUUACCUGCGACGAGAAGAAAUUAAUGCUAAAUUUAUCCUCCUAUGGAAAACAUAAUGACUCUAUAAUGAUACCAUAUCCAAUGCCAGACACCUGGUACAUUGCUUUUCAAGCCAAAUGUUCUUCAAAUGGCCAACCAGUUAGAUGCGAAAUGGAGCAAAUUUUGGUUUGUUUAAAUGUAAAAACCACUCAAUGUGUUCCUGUUGAUAAUCAUCCUUGUGGUGAGCAUGGCGUUUGUCAAGAGACUUAUAAAGAUCUUUUAGCUUAUGCUUCAUGCAGUUGUUUCGGAGGAUAUAAAGGAUGGGGAUGUACCGAUGCAACGGAUGUUAGUUUUGAAUCCUCCGUAUUAUUGAUGACUUUAUUGCUUACUCUAAGUAAUGCUUUCUUCCUGCCAGCUAUUGUUUUAGCAAUAAAACGAAAAUUGUACACAGAGGGCCUGGUUUACUUGUUCACCAUGAUGUUCUCCACAUUUUAUCAUGCCUGCGAUCAACAAUUUUUAACUUACUGCAUUGCCAAAUACGAGGUAUUGCAGUUCAGUGACUUUUUCUCGAGCAUACUAUCAUUUUGGGUGACACUUGUUUCCAUGGCACAAUUACCAACUCGAUUUCUAUCCGUCUGUCACAUGUUUGGAGCUUUAAUAAUCGCCUUCACCGUAGAAUCGAAUAGAACUGGUCUCAUUAGCAUUUUAAUUCCACUGGGAAUUGGAGUUUUAUUACCAACGUGGUCGUACAUUUAUGGUUGCAUCAAGUCGAGGAAAUGCAAAAAACCAAGAAGCACCUGGAAAUUCGUUGUUGGUUUGCUCUUGGCUUGCAUUGGAGUUUUUCUGUUCUCUUUAGUUGAAACUAAAGACAAUUACAGCUACGUUCACAGUGCUUGGCACAUGUUGAUAGCACUUUCGCUUCUCUUUCUCCUGCCACCGGCUCGAAAAGAAGUAAAUCCUUCCAAUAGUUCUGAUUCAGUAAGCAGUUCCGACAGUGAGCUUCUUGAUCAUCAGAUUUCUCAAAAUAUUCCAACUUUUUCCGUUUUGUCGAGUCAUGAAAAUUUAGUGACUUCCUUAAGUUCGAUGACUUCGUGCCUGAAUUUCGUCAUAAAUUGGAACCAGGAAAUAUUCGUGAUGUCGAGUGCAAAAUUGCAGGGUUCUUUGAUUUUGCUUAGAAUAAUGGCAAAUGAAUUUUGCAGUUCCUCGUGGUACAUGUCGUAUAUUUUUCCUUUUGUGCCGCCAAACAUUAUUGGACCUCCAACUCUAGAAAAACAAAAUGAAGAGAGGAAUUUACUUGCUGAAGACAACAGAGGCAUUGCAGAUUUCGAUGACGUCGUUGCAUCUAUUGAGGAAAGAAUCGACGUUUUUGAAAAUAUUUUCCUUAUCUACUUUCCAAUUUUCGACUUGAUCGGUGCAUUCUGAGAGAAUCUGGAGAUUUUUAAAUUAAUGAUUUUCAAGAGGAGGAAUUUUAACAUGAAAACUUAUUUUACAAGAAAAAUACAGAGAGAGAAAGAGAAAACUCAAAGAUAGAGAUAAAUUUACCUGAUCAUAGAUUUCUGAAUAGCGAUUGCAGCAAAAAAUGCAGACCCUCGCUGGGAAUGUAGAGAAUCGUAAGACCCAUUGGUUUGUAAACUUGAUCAGUGAGGCAACUAAUGAAGUCGUGCAAUGAUGAGAACACUUCGUCCUUCGUUACUAAUAUCAUUAAUAGGAAACGACGGAAUAUAACAAAAAAGAUAAGACAUUUUGUUCUUACUAUUUUUUAAAUG